AUGGCGACCUUACGGGCAUUGUACGAUCCAAUGCAGGCUCCAUCGCCGAAUACACUCCUUGACCCUGGCGCCCUGGUACUAUACUUUCCCAGUCCACGAACAGUGACAGGCGAAGACAUCCUUGAGCUGCACGUGCAUGGUGGUCCGGCAACAGUCAAAGCCGUGCUGGGUGCGAUUGAGAAGUGUAACGACAUUAUACAGCCCGAAGAAGAUCACCGUUCCUCCUCGCCGUCAUCUCUGAUACGAUAUGCCGAACCCGGAGAGUUCACGCGACGCGCUUUCAUGAAUGAUGUUCUAGAUCUACCACAAAUUGAGGCACUAGGCGAAACCCUCAAUGCAGAAACCGAACAGCAGAGACGUCUAGCUGUCCGUGGCGCAAAUAACACUCUUUCUGCGCGCUAUGAGGAUUGGCGCCAACAAUUGUUGUAUGCAAGAGGAGAGUUGGAAGCGUUGAUAGACUUUUCGGAGGAUCAGCAUUUUGACGAGUCUCCGCAAGAAUUAAUCGGCUCGGUUUCGGCGCAGGUGGACAUACUUGGGCAACAAAUUAGAUUUCACAUUCAGAAUGCGUCAAAGGGCGAGUUGUUGCGGAAUGGAAUCAAGAUUGCAUUGUUGGGCGCGCCGAAUGCCGGGAAGAGUUCUUUAUUGAAUCGUGUCGUCGGCAAAGAGGCGGCUAUCGUCAGCACGGAAGAAGGGACGACACGAGAUAUUGUGGAUGUUGGUAUUGACCUUGGCGGAUGGUACUGCAAGAUUGGUGAUAUGGCCGGACUGCGGUCCUCCAAAAAUACUGCGGAGAGAAUUGGGGCUGUCGAGUUGGAAGGCAUCCGUCGCGCAAAGCAACGUGCGUUGGAAUCUGAUGUCGUUGUGGUAGUUUUGAGCGUUCAAAAGGGUGAAGACAAGACAUCGUCACAGCUAAUAGUCGACCCCGAGGUCCUUGAGGCUGUGCAUGCAUGUCAGGAGCAUGGGAAGAGUAUAGUGGUUGCCAUUAACAAAUCUGACCGGUUGCCACGGUCUACCAAUGCGCGGGACGCAGCGGCGGACAGCUUGGUCCAACAGGUCCAAGCUCUGUUCAAAAACGUUCCCAGUAGUCAGGUCUUUUCAAUCUCUUGCCGAGAAGCCGAACAGAGCGCCGGUCUAGGAUCGAAUACAGCAGACCCUGGCAAUAUACAAACGUUCCUACGCGGGUUGAUAUCCGUUUUUGAGGAGAUAGCGACACCAGAAGGUAUGGGAGGAAACGAUAUGCAUGAUAUUUCAUACUGGGAAGACUCGCUAGGAGUCACACAUCGACAACAAUCCAAUCUAAAACAAUGUCUGGAACAUUUGGAGAGAUUUCUCAAUGAAACAAAAACGAGCGACCUGAGACAUCAGCAACAAAAAGCACCAAUCAAUAAUAGUACAACCCAAUCCGUCUAUAACAACACCAGCGCUGAUGCCAAUUCCAAAGCCAAAGUCUAUACUGAUACCCAAUUUCACGCCCAUGCUGACGCUGGUCAAAUCCAAGCACAAACGCCGUGUGAUGCCAUCUAUACCAAUAACCUAGAGGAAAAAUACAGUGAUAACGAGAAUAGAAAAGUCGAUGAUAAUUAUACAGUCACGUUUGACGCAGAGCCUGAGGUGGACAUCGUCACAGCCGCGGAGAAUUUGCGAUUUGCAGCCGAAAGUCUAGCCCAGAUUACUGGGCGAGGGGGGGCGGAUGUCGAGGAUGUUUUGGGUGUGGUUUUUGAGAAGUAUGCUCCUCUGUUUUUUGCGUAA